CGCAUAGGCCGUACAGUGAGCAGUGACUGUCUUGGUCGGAUGCGAACGCUGGUUGCAAUCGUCCAGGGUCUAGGUCAGCGUCAACAUGGAUUUCGUGGUGAACACGCGUGUCGGCAAGGUGCGCGGUAUCAAACUAAAGAAUCUCGUCGGUGAUGACUUUUUCGCUUUCAAAGGUAUCCCUUAUGCCAAACCACCGGUUGGGGACUUGCGAUUUCAAGAUCCCGAGCCCGUGGAGUCAUGGACAGGUAUUCGAAACGCGGUGAGCCAUGAAUCGAAUUGCGCUCAACAUGAUAUUCUCUCCGGUCGAAUCGUUGGUAGUGAUGACUGUUUAUAUCUGAAUAUUUACACGAAGCACACAGAAAUUGGAUUAAAAAAGCUACCUGUCAUGGUUUGGAUCCACGGCGGAGGCUUUAACUACGGUCACAGUGACGAUACACUCUAUGGAUUUGAUUACUUCAUGCGUAAAAAUGUUAUUACAAUCUCAAUUAAUUACCGAGUUGGCAUUCUAGGAUUCCUGAAUCUGAACCACGAAGUAGCAGCUGGCAAUCAGGGUCUUAAAGAUCAAGUAAUGGCUUUGCAAUGGAUACGCGACAACAUCGCCAGUUUUGGUGGCGAUCCCGAUAACGUCACGAUUUUCGGCCAGAGUUCUGGCGCUGCUGCUGUGCAUUACCUUACUAUUUCUUCACUGGCAACAGGAUUAUUUCACAAAGCUAUUGCUCAAAGUGGAGUGGCAUUGAAUCCAUGGAUUUUUCAUACAAAGCCUGAAGUAAGAGCACAUCAAUUAUGCCAACAACUAGGUCAUACAGAUCGAGAUCCACUAUCCAUUGUUCAAUUUUUAAGAAAAAUCGGUAUCGAACGAUUGAUUGAAGUCCAAGAAAACCUACUCACAUACGAUGAAAAAAUUCAGUUCGCGUUCCCUUUUGGACCGAGCAUCGACUUAAAAUCAAAAAGGCCUUUCUUGCCUGUGCACCCAGAAGUGGCGGCUGCUAAAGGAAUUCAAGUACCUAUGAUCAUUGGUCAUACAAGUCGAGAAACCACAUUUUUAUUAAAAACAAUAGGAGAAGAUCACGUCAGAUUCAAUGAUGAAUUCGACAAACUGUUGCAUCCAAAUUCAAAGAGAAUUUUACGAUGGUACGACUUAAGCUCAGAACAUUUAAAACACAAUUAUCUGAAGAACGAUGUUAUUACAGAAGAGAAUGUCGAUAAAUUGAUUGAUUUAUUAGGAGACUUGUACUUUGUCGAGGGUAUACAUAGAGUCAUCAAAAUUCAGGUUGAGAAAAACCUUGCGCCAAUUUAUUACUACCAAUUCAGCUACGACAGUGGACCUUCAUUCAGGAGACUGUUAUACAACAAUUUCAUGAAAGGAGCAUCACACGCGGAUGAUUUGCAUUUUCUAUUCUACACUCACUUUUUUGAUGGCACGAUGGAUUUACCGCAAAAGGGUUUGGACAAGCAUAAAAUUACUGAGCGAAUGAUCGAGCUAUGGGUAAAUUUCGCGACAACAGGGAUGCCAACUCCAGGUCUAUCGAACGUAACUUCGUUUAAUUGGGAACCCGUUAACAACAAGACGGUGUUUCGUUUUUUAAACAUCUGUAAGGAUAUGCGUAUGGAUGUUGUACUCAAUUUGGAGCACAGAUAUAAUAUCCGUAAAAACAAAUAAAAAAAAUGGUAAAAAGUAAAAACAAAUUGUAAAAAGUCGGGGACGCGCAAAGGUCAGUCAUUGCGUUAUUGAUGGCUCAUUGUGCUUCGAUCUAUUGACUUCCAUAAAUUUUAUAUAUUUAUUCAGGUGAACUUUAUUAACUGUAACAAGUUUUGUACGUUGAUUGAUAAUUGUCGCAUGUUCUACUAUUUUAUUCAUCGUGUAUGCUUUUUGGAUGUAUGUUGUAUUCACUGUGAUUCAGUUCAUGAAUAUUAUUUGAAUAAAUGAGAAUUAUAUUUGUUUCGAA